AUGUCGCCUUCAGAGAACGACUUUGAUAUACCGGCGAAGAACUGUUGUAGGAUGGUGAUUUUGGGGUCCACUAAAGUGGGCAAAACAGCCAUCGUGUCUCAGUUUCUGAACGGGAGAUUCGAUGAGCAGUAUACGCCGACCAUAGAGGACUUUCACAGGAAACUGUACAGCAUUAAGGGAGAUGUAUACCAACUGGACAUAUUGGAUACCUCAGGAAACCACCCAUUCCCUGCCAUGAGGAGACUAUCCAUACUGACAGGUGAUGUCUUUAUCCUGGUCUUCAGCUUAGAGAACAGAGACUCAUUCGAGGAGGUUCAGAGGCUCAAGCGACAGAUAAUUGAGACCAAGUCUUGCCUAAAAAACAAGACCAAGGAGAACGUUGACGUGCCUCUGGUUAUCUGCGGCAAUAAGGGCGACCGGGAGUUUUGCCGGGAAGUGCAGAGUGAAGAGAUUGAGCAGUUGGUGGCUGGAGAUGAGCAGUGCGCAUACUUUGAGAUAUCAGCCAAGCGCAACACCAACGUGGACCAAAUGUUCCAGACCCUAUUCACCAUGGCCAAGCUACCCAAUGAGAUGAGCCCGGACCUCCACCGCAAGGUCUCGGUGCAGUACUGCGACAUGCUUCGCACUAAGUCCCUGAAAAAUAAGAACAAGAAAAACGAUGGAGACGCGUAUGGCAUCGUGGCACCAUUCGCACGGCGCCCGAGCGUCCACAGUGACUUGAUGUACAUAAAGGAGAAGGCGAUCGGUGGCGGGCAGGGAAAGGAUAAAGAGAGAUGUACUAUCAGCUAGGACUAUGAGAUUAAUUUUAUGGAAGAUAUAACCUAAAAGGAUAUGCUUCAUUUGUGAUGCACCUGACAGACGGGGUUUGGGCGCACAAGGCUGCCCAUGCCGCUUCCGUUGCCCUUAGUGGGGACACUUGAGACAGCGAUGCGAAAGCCAAUGAGCUCCAGGAGCAAUGAUAGUGUCUAGAUUCAACCUCUCCACAAACGUGGAAGCGCAUGUUACAUGUCCGCGAGACAUUUUAAGAACGUUCGCUACUUUGUUCUGUUAGACCAGAGCCUUAUGUGAUGUGGCAUAAAAUAUUGUGAGAUUAUUCACAACAAAUGUGUAAAAUGUGUUGUUUAGACAUCUUAAAACAGACAGGCGAGAAAACAGACUCCUGGCGUGGAGUACAAUGUGAAGAAUGUUGUUUACAUUUUGUUAACAUUUUAUAACAGAUAAUUCAACUUGAAUGUUGCAAUCUGAACAAUUUUAUAUUGUGAAUGUAUAUUUAUUAUUGUAUGUCGACGUCAACUUUUGCAAAGAAAGGAAGAAAAUAACUGGAAAAAAUAAAUACAAAAAUCUGAA